AUGGCAUCGAAGCCAAAACGACGAAGAAAAGAAGAACUUAAUGAGAUUGAAACGAUUUUGUUGGGUGAUGACCUCAACCAGAUUGCAGUAAUGCUAUCGGAUUUAAUAACCAUAAAAGAGGUAGAAUUGGAAGCUAAAGUGAAAGAAUGUCCUCGUCUUGGGGUUUCGUUGGUAACGAUUUUGUGGAAGUGUUCCCUGCAGGAUCUCAAACAGCAAUCACAGUGGUUGCAAAUUUUGAAAAAUGUCGUUCGUGUUCUGAUCCAUAUUUGUGACACUCUGCCGUCUUUGUGCUUACAGCUGGCAGAACCACGCAGAAACUUCACGAACAUUGCAGUUCGCAUACUGGAAAAUCCUAAGAUAUCAUGGGAGGUGAAAUGCUUCGUCUUACGUCUGAUAUCAAGCAUUGCGAAGCACCACCGAUGUUUGGAAAUGAUUAUUGAAAAUACGCAUCUAAUUGAUCGUAUAGCAAUGGCACUUGAUCAUGAGGACGUGAUGGUGGCUAAAGUGGCUCUUCAAAUAGCUGAUGUCUUGACGGUGAAUAAACAUGGUGUCAAAGUAGGUUGA